CUGAUGUUUCAUGAAAGGAAUUUUUGAAAGCAUGGAGUGAUGCAUGCAAGUGGAAUGGACCUGCAACAGUUUUGAUCCCAAAAGGAACCUUCUUGCUUAGAUCAGUUAUAUUUAACGGUCCAUGCAAGAGUUCGACAACAUUCCAAAUUCAAGGUGAUCUGUUAGCUCCAAUUGAUCCAUCUUUGCUCACUGAUCAAAAAUGGAUAAAUUUUAGAUAUAUCAACCAACUCACUGUGAAUGGAGGUGGCACAUUGAAUGGUCAAGGAACUGCCACUCGUCAAAAAUGCAACAAUGAUCCAAAAUGUCAAAUUCUAUUUACGACUAUGGAUUUUGACUUCAUCACCAACGGUAUUGUUCAAAACGUGCAUUCAGUUGAUAGUAAAGGUGGCCAUUUCAUAGUGUUCGGAAGUGGGAACUUCACCUUCACAGAUGUAACCAUAUCAGCCCCUGCUAACAAUCGUAACACAGAUGGAAUCAAAAUAUCUCACACAAAAGGGGUAAAUAUCACAAAUGUGCACAUUGGCACUGGUGAUGAUUGUGUUGCUAUGAUUGCUGGCACCAAGAACGUUCAUAUUGAAAAAGUCUUUUGUGGUCCUGGUCAUGGAAUUAGUGUAGGAAGCCUUGGUUUGAAUGAUGGAGCAGAAGUUGUGGAAGAUAUAACUGUCAAGAAUUGCACCUUUGAUGGAACUUUUACUGGUGUUCAAAUCAAAACAUGGGCUGCUCCAUUGAAAAAAACUCAAUUCGCCUCAAAUUUCUUCUAUCAAGACAUUAUCAUGAAUAAUGUGCGACGUCCCAUUGUCAUUGACCAAUUUUAUUGUCCAGAAAGAAAUUGCAACCCUAAGGAAAAUUCUCACGUGCAAAUUAGCAAUGUGACAUACAUAAACAUUCAAGGGAAUAGUGCUUCUGAUUUUGCAGUCAAUUUUAACUGUAGUAGAGAUCUCCGAUGUCAAAAAAUAACGGUGGAGGACAUCAAUUUUACAAGUUUUGGUGGUGGAAAGCAAAAACAACUAACAAACUUUUGUUCUCAUGUCAAUGGUGUUUCUCAUGGAAAACAAAUUCCCCCAUCAUGCCUCCCUCAAAAGUGAAACACCUUUUUCAGCAUAACAUAAUGAAAAAAUAAGUUACAAAUUGUUUGUAUCACGUAAGUGGAAAUCUCCUUUUAUUUUUAUUCUAAAGAAGGUUAA